GCACUGCUUCAGUUCCUUUGCGCUGUCCUUAGUUGAAACAAUAGAGUGUCAUUGUUAGUAAUGUGCAACGCGCGUGUGUUAAGUCGCGAUGUGAAAAAAGGGUGGCACCUCCCACGCACCAACACAUACAUAUAUGCACUGAAUUGCCUCACAAAUGCGAUGAGCCUAGUUGAAAAUAUCGCUGCCAGAACGGCAUGCCACGCCCCUUCCAUCGUCGUCGGUCAGGUCGAGGUUGGCACACAGUGCAGCUCGCCUGUGGCUGACAAGUCUGUUGGCUGCUCCUUCAGAGCAGGCAGCGAGUCAAGGAGCGUGCAGACUACGGAGACUGUGGAUCAGUCAUGCUCCACCGCAGCAUCCAGGCCUUCUAUUUCUCCAUCAACAGCCAACAGUGACAAUUCACAGCAGGGACGCCUCCAACAAGACCAUUUCUGUGACUAUGAGGCUCGUAAACUGAUUAGUCUGGAAGCACAUGCCAGGGUCUGUACUGGCAAGCGUCUGUUUAAGUGCGAUUUGUGCCAUAAGAGCUUCUCAAAAAGAGACCACCUGAAAAGCCAUCUGCGCACCCACACAGGUGAUAAGCCAUGGCAGUGCCCUUCAUGCCCUCAAAGGUUCUCGCAUAAGUCCAGCAUGAAAGACCACCUGCGCACCCACACAGGCGAGAAGCCAUUUCAAUGCCCUUCAUGCCCUCAAAGCUUCUCCCAUAAGUCCAGCAUGAAAAACCACUUGCGUACCCACACAGGUGAAAAACCAUGGCAGUGUGCUUCAUGCCUUCAGAGCUUCUCACAUAGGUCCAGCAUGAAAGCCCACCUGCGCACCCACACAGGCGAGAAGCCAUUUCAAUGCCCUUCAUGCCUUCAGAGCUUUGCAGUAAAGACCAACCUGAAAGUCCACCUGCGCACGCACACAGGCGAGAAGCCAUUUCAGUGCCCUUCAUGCCUUCACAGCUUCUCGCGAAAGACUGACUUGAAAACUCACCUGCGUACCCACACGGGUGAGAAGCCAUUUCAGUGCCCUUCAUGCCCUCGGAGCUUCGCAGUAAAGAGCCACAUGAAAGUUCACCUACGCACCCACACAGGUGAGAAGCCAUUUCAAUGCCCUUCAUGCCCUCAAAGUUUCUCGCAUAAGUCCAGCCUGAAAGACCACCUACGCACCCACACAGGCGAGAAGCCAUUUCAAUGCCCUUCAUGCCCUCAAAGCUUCUCACAUAAGUCCAGCAUGAAAAACCACUUGCGCACCCACAUAGGUUAGAAGCUGGGGCGGUAUCCUUCAUGCCGUCGGAGCUGCUCGUAUAAGUCCAGCAUGAAAGACCACCUGUGAAACCACACAAAUGAGAAGCCAUUUCAAUGCCCUCUAUGUUCUCAGAGCUUCUCACAAAAGCCAGACCUGAAAGACCACCUGCGCGACCACACAGGAGAGAAGCCAUUUCAGGGGCCUUAAUGCCCUCAAAGCUUCUCGCAUAAGUCCAGCAUGAAGGAGCUCCCAUGCAGGCAAGAAGCCAUUUCAUUGCCCUUCAUGCUCUCGGAGCUUCUCAUGCAAGUCCAACAUGAAGGAACAACUGCACACCCAUGCAGGCGAGAAGCCAUUUCAUUGCCCUUCAUACACUUGGAAAUUCUCGCCAAAGAAUGCCGUGAAGUAAAACUGACCAUUCAUUCAGGUGACCGACCUUACUGUUCUGCCACCUGCUCCAAGUACUUUGCACUUUCUGAUUACUUAAGUUAGAAAUCUAUAGCUAUGGAGAAUGCUACAGGGUGUUCUGCUGCAUCAAGUAGCACAAGUGUCCCUAUGUGCUCUUAAAAAGGCCCUAGAAUGAUUUCUUUGUGUCACCAUAUUUGCUCUAGAUUUAUUCGCAGCAUGUCAUAGGACAAACAGCAACAGAAAUGAAAAUCGACCCAUACAAACGCGUUAUCGCUCAUAAAGAAAUUCAAGAUAUAAAAGGAAAGCAAGAGUUAAGCUCAAUCUCCACUGGAAUUUUAGCUGCUCUUAAUUCCACAUUUCACUUUGCUAUGACUUCAUGUGGUGACGUCAAUGAAUAGCAGCAGGACACUAGCAAAUGUCGGCGCACCACAGUUGCCAAGUCUGCUCAGCCAUGGCAUACCCAUUGCCUCCACGAUCUGGUGACUCAACACAGAUGGCAUACAUCCCACAAUAGAACAGACGGAUGCCAUUGUAGCCACGCCACAACCAGAGAACAAGCAGCAGCUUCAUUCUUUGCUUGGAACUGUAAACUACUACAGUAAAUUCCUGCCUCUAGUGUCUGUGGUGGCCCAUCCCUUGUUACAAGACAUGGGCGUUGACAAAUGCCCACCAAAGAUCCUUUUAUGACAUCAAAGCUGUCACAGUGUCAACAGAGGUUCAACAGAACAGCACUGUGACACAUCUUGCCAACAAAGAAGGAAAAGUUUAUUGCUGGAAAAUAUGACAGCCCCACGCUGACGAAUGCAGCUACAUAUAGUUAUGACCACUUCAGCUGCCAGCAAAAAUGUGGCGGUGGUGUAGCACUGCGAAAAGGCGAUCGCUACCGCGAACGGUGGGAGGUGGCGCUGACAUCAAGGCACACAAACGUGCUUAUGUUCACCCGUGCAUGCGCCUCAGAAAAUCUAAUUAUCUCACUUGUGCAGCAGCGUUUGUUGCUGCUCGAACGUUUGAUGCAGAAGGAUGCGGGCAAUUGAUGACUUCUACCUCGACCAACAGUGUGUUAGUUUUUCACUAGAUUUACAAGCCAUAGAGGCUUGAAGUACGUGCUUGAAAUAGUGGAAAACUUUGCUCAAUCGAAAGAUUCUGAUAAAUGUACUUUGUUAAAUCACCAAAAAAGCUACAUGAAUUUCAGUGGCACUGUGAUAGGGUAACAUAAAUAUUUUGUUACAUUGCUGGUUUUUUAAAUUGAGAUUUGUUAUUUCGAGGUGUGUUUGUAUUCCCAUUGUUAUUCAGAGCUUUAGAAUGUGUGAUGUUACUUUUAUUGGCUGUACAUUUGUGAAUUUUUCUUACAUCUAUAUGACUAAUUCUUUCCGGAUUAUUCUUUUCUUUUUUUACAUAUGAACAUAUUUUGUUAGGCUCAUGUAUUCAUUGCCUCUAGGUUCUAUGUAUGGUGUUAUCCCGGAGGCUCUUAUAUUGUUGUAUUUAUACUUCUUUUUUUUUUCACAAAUAGGUACUUGUUUACAGCAAUUGAUUGUUUAUAGAAUUUACUUGGCAUCAGAGCACCAAAUAAAUGCCUUUGUUUAAUGAGUG